AUGACGACACCCUCGCCGCAAUUGAAUAGUUGGAAAAAUGCAUCCAGUGAACCACUGCUGGUAAAAGCUGUGGGCUCAAUAACUAACACAUUGCCAACAAGCCUACCAGAAUUGAGCAUGCUGCUGGUUCCUCAUACAACUAUUUCGCCCUCGACACUGGAUAAUAGGAUAAUGGAAAUGUUGGAAAGCGGGCAAAGAUCAGAAUCACCAAUACUCACACACGGUUAUGUUCAUGGUCAUAUACACAAACACAAGAAUCAUACUCAUAUACAUGGCCAUAUACACAAUCAUGACCACGACCAUCACUUCAGGGAAGCACAAAAUUCUGUAACACCCAACUUUGCAUCAUCAACAGUACUGAACAGCAUGGUCCCAUCUCUUCUGGACAGCUUUUGUCCCGAAUUUAAUGAUGUGGCUACUUGUAAAGAUGUAUUUUGUGAUGACUUAGACGACUGCUUUUAUUUCAACUGUGAUGACAGCAAGUUCAUCAAUAAUGGGGGUUGUUGUGAGGAGCUAAGUGUAGAUGACACAACCUGCUGCACUGACAAUAACUGCAUACCUCCCAUGAAAACUCAAAAUCGUUGUGGAGAUGCUAGCUGCGUGCCUAUUCUCAAGAGUCAAAAAAGCUACGAAACGCCAUGUUGUGAGCAACUUCACAAAGGAGAAUCACCAAAAGGUAGUCGCGUAGUAUGUUGCGAGGAUCCAAAGUGCAGCGAAUACAAGUUUUGUCAUCUGACGCCAAAUGAAGGCAGAGAUUGUCACCGGUCAAGUUGUCAUCAUUCACAAGGUACACUUCCAGAAUCAGAAAAGAAUAAUCUUUGUGAUCUACAGAUCUCUAAACGUCCACUUUUUGAAGAUUUGAUUAGCAAUGUUCAUCAGAAUUUGACUGCACAAGAGGAUCUCAUCAAUCAAUUACAAGCAAAACCUCCAACUAAAAAGGCAAAAAGGAGUCCACUGAGCGAUUUUGAGAUUCAUUUUCCUCAUGAGUGUCACCCUGAAGAUGCUAAUGAGUCAAGCAAGCAUCAUCACAUUCAUCAGUCUUGUUUUCACACGACAAUUCCAAAUGAUCCUAAUGAAUCCAACUCAGUAUACAAUGACGAGAAACUCAUGUCUGAUUUUGACUUCAUUAUUAAAUUCAACAAUUUUCACGAUAUGAUGUCAAAAAAGGCCACACUCACGGAACCAUCGAAACCAGAUGAUGCAACUUCGAUUUUGCAGUAUCCAUGUCAAUGGGAGCAUUGUAUCAAAAAAUUAAAUAAUGAUAAUUUUAUGAAUCAUAUAGUUGGUGAUCAUAUCAAACAAGAACAUGAUUUGGAAAAAGCUACCUCAUACCAAUGUGAGUGGAACAAUUGUAAUUACACUGAUGAAAAUCUCGAUGCAUUGCUCCAACAUUUGGAAUCGCAUAAACAAUCUAGUGACAAUGAGCCAGCAAUCACAAUCAACUCCCCCAACGUAUUAACCCCAAUGUCUACCGCCAGUGUCAACAUGAAUGAGAAAUCACCAUCCGCUACCAAGUCACCCACGACUAUCAAACGAGAGCUAAACAUUACUUCCAUGUCAAUCCGUCCCAAAGAAAAGAAAAAGAGAAAAGGUUCUACUACAUUAACAUGUUGUGCACAAGGACCUGAAUUCAAAUGUCAAUGGGAAGUUGGAGUAGAUAAAAAUGGCAAACCUAUUCCAUGUAAUGCCACCCACGAAUCUCAAUGUGACUUACAACACCAUAUAAUCAAUACUCACAUUGGUUCAGGCAAGUCGAAAUAUAGUUGCAAUUGGAUAGGAUGUGAGAGACAUAAUGGUAAAAUUUUCAAUCAGCGGCAAAAGCUUUACCGUCAUAUACACGUACACACCAACUACAAACCUUGUAAAUGCUCAAUAUGCGGUGCUUCGUUUGCGGUCCAGUCGAUGCUUGACCAGCAUUUACGAGUGCACUCUGGUGAAAAACCAUUCCAAUGUUCGACCUGUGGCAAAAGAUUUGCCACUAGUAGCUCAUUAUCGAUACAUAAUCGGGUGCAUACCGGUGAGAAACCUCUCAAGUGUAAGUGGCCCGGUUGCAACAAGAGUUUUAGUGAAAGUUCAAAUUUAACCAAACAUAUGAAAAUUCACGAAAGAGAAUUUGCUUGUGAGAUAUGUGGAAGCUCUUUUCUUAAAAAAGUUGACCUUGACCAACAUCUUAAGUCACAUGAACAAAAGGAAGAGAAUAUUGAUGUAAAUGUAGGUGUUCUGAGAAGCAGGGUAGAAGCUGUUAAGUAA